AUGAGGGAGCUUGACCCUCUUGUUUCGGAGUUUCAACAUGAUAAACACCGACCUCGUGAAGCAGAAGCACUAUUAACCCUACGCAAAGUUGCUUCUAUGGUUAAGCCAAUUAUGCGGCAGCGGAUGUGGAAGGUUGGGACUCUCUGUGAAUUUUACCCUUCUACCCAGAAUCUACUGGGGUUAAACGUGAACCACGGACAGAAAAUAUGUCUUCGAUUAAGGCAGCCAUACGAUGAAAGGCAGUUUCUUCCAAUAGAACAAGUGGUUGACACUAUGCUUCAUGAGUUAUGUCAUAUAGUUCAUGGUCCACAUGAUCAAAAGUUCCAUGCACUAUGGAAUCAACUUCGAGAUGAACACGAGCAGCUGCUAAGCAGAGGUUAUACUGGUGAAGGAUUUCUAUCUGCCGGCCACCGCCUGGGGGGAAGACGAAUACCUAUGGAUGAAGCUCGUCGACUCGCGCGUGCCGCGGCAGAAAAGCGGCGUGUGCUGUCUUCUGGCACUGGCAAGAAACUAGGUGGUGCCUCAGCUCUUCCAGGAGCAGAUAUACGAAAAGUUCUUGCAGAUGCUGCCGAGAGGCGAGCUACAGUUACAAAAGGUUGUGCAAGUGGAACUAUAGAAGGCGAUAGACUUGCAGAAGAGGCUACUCGAAAUGGGUUUCGGACUAAGGCCGAAAUGGAAGAUGCAAAUGAGAAAGCUAUUAUGGAAGCCUACAUUGAUCUUAUCCAGCAAGAAGAGAGAGAACAAUAUGGCGACUCCUAUACACCUCCUAGCUCGUCGAAUCCUAUGGGCCCUCGGGCUCUAGUACCCCCAACACCGAACCCUGCGGCAGCUUCUUCCAAACUUCAAUUAUCAGACAGUACCGUCUUCUCGUCAAACUCGGAUAUAAACGACAUAGAGCCUUGGACGUGUUCCACUUGUACGUUUAUCAAUAAGCCCUUGUUCCUUGCCUGUGAAGUAUGCGCUACCGAGCGUACCUCAGACGCAAAUUUUUCACCUCUUUCCAAAGUGACUUCAAAGCUUGCCCAGGAAAAAAAGAUUGGCAAGCAACUGUAUCCAUCUGGAAGACAUGGUGGGACGAAAACUCGCAAAUCUGCAGUCCAGGCUAUUAUUGAGCUCGAAAAGAAUCAGCCUCCGAAGCCAAAACGAUCUUUGGGGUGGGUAUGCCAUUGUUGCGGAGCCUUUAUGGAGUCUCAAUGGUGGACAUGUUCUGCCUGUGGGACGAUGAAGCUGACUGAUUGA